UUUUCAGCGAUCUCACGAACACUCCCACAACUUGUUGUGCGAACCAAAGAACAAUUCCACGCCAAAGAAGCAAAAGAAAAAGACAACUAUUGCUUACUUGUAUCGAUUAUCACACCAUGGCCGCCCUCUAUUUGGAACACUCGAGCGGCACCAAGUUUUGGCGCUUUGAGUGGGAAGGCGACACGGACGUCAAGAUUUCCUAUGGCAAAGUGGGGAGUGCCGGUCGCACCAUGACGAAAUCCUUUGCAUCGGCCGACGAAGCGCAGAACUAUGCCGAAAAACAAGAAGCCGCCAAACGCAAGGGAGGAUACGACGAUGCCGAAGAUCCCAAUGAUCCCACUACAGAAACAACAACAACACCCACCAAGGCCAAACAGGCAAAAUCGGUCACACCGUCUCCCCCAAAAGUCGCCAAGACACGAGGUCUCGGUGGCUAUGCGGCUCCCGAACCUCACAAGAUCCAUCAAGUCGAUGAUGGAGUGGCUGGAAUCGAUGCUGCCUUGGCAUCUCGUGCCCAAGUCCACGACACUCUGCACGCCCGAUUGGCAUUGGUGGAUCCCUCCAUCAACAGCGACAAGUAUUACGUCUUGCAAGUAUUGGUCGAAGAACAUCCCAACAAAAAAGCCAAAAGCAACAGCAAAACCACAAAGACGAGUGCCUCUCAAUACCACGUGUUUACCCGUUGGGGUCGCACAGGAACCGGUGGACAAUGCAAAAUGGCCGGUCCCUUUUGCGAUCUGGACGAUGCCGAGAGUGAAUUUGCCAAAAUUUUCAAAUCCAAAACGGGAGUGGUCUGGGAAAAGGCCGUUCCAGGACGUCAACCACUGACGGGAAAGUACGAAUAUUUGGCAACAAAGAAAACCUCAACGGACAGUUCAGAUGACGACGAGGACGAUGGUGAUGGAACUUGGUUUUAUUAUUUGCAAAAUGAUCCCGAUGGCAAAUCGGAUGGGUGGUACCAAUAUGACAAAAAGAAUAGUGCCGAAGUGGAAGAUUUAUUUGGCACCUAUGUGGCAUCCAACAAACCAGCUCGAUUGUCACGACGGGUCGUCACGAGUGGAUCCAGUGGAUUUCAGUAUCGCGUCGACUUGAAUGCCAUGACGCAAACCAACACAUCCAGUGGCACCACUCGUCCCAUUGCCCGCACCGUGGAUGGGCACUUUCCAAUAUCUUUGCCGCCACCACCCAACAAGAAAAAGGCAGCACCCAAGAAAAAAGUCGUGGCGACAAGCGCGAAAAAACCAGCCGCCAAAGCAACCACCAAAAAGGCAUCGCCCCAAAAGAAAGCUCCACCACCGGCUUCCGCUUCUUCCGUCGCUGCGACAGGCGGCGUCGGGACUGUCGACGAUGCAGCGUCUUCUGGUCUCAAGAGUUGUGGCAAAAUCUAUCAAGACUACAAUGUGAUGCUCAAUCAAACCAAUUUGGACCACAACAAUAACAAAUUCUACAAAAUCCAGCUCAUUGAAUCAUCUUCGGGUAACAACUACACGGUCUUUACCAAGUGGGGUCGUGUGGGCGAGGCUGGCAAGACACAGGAACAGGGACCCUUUGCCGACGUCGAUGCCGGCAUUAAGGAGUUUGCCAAAAAGUUUCGCAGCAAGACGGCCAACAAGUGGGAAGAUUAUCAAGAAGACAAGGACAGCUUUCAAUCCAAAACGGGCAAAUACACCGUAGUGGAAAUGGAACAGGACGCGGCGGCUGCCGCAGCCAUGGUCGAAAAUGUUGGCGCGGCCAAAACGUUCUUGCCUUGUCAACUGGAUGCCACCACCAAGGAACUGGUCGAUCUCAUUUUUAACGAAGACAUGUUCAAGUCCGCCAUGUCUCAAAUGAAGUUGGAUCCCAAAAAGCUGCCAUUAGGGGCCUUGUCGCAGACGCAGAUCAGCAAGGGUUUUACUGUUUUGGAAAAACUUGAAGAAGAAAUCGACAAUGGCGCGACUGGCGCCACACUCUCCCAGUUGACCUCUGAGUUUUACACCUUGAUUCCGCAUGCCUUUGGUCGCAGCCGUGGUCCCGUUUUGAAGACCACGGAGGCGGUGCAGGCAAAAUACGAGAUGCUUAACACCCUCGCAGAUAUUGAAGCUGCGCAGACGAUGCAGCGGAAUGUGCAAUCCGCGGCUGGUGAUGAGGACACGCAACCGCAUCCUUCCGACGCGAACUACCAACAAUUGGCGGCUGACUUGACGCUCCUGGACCCCGACAAAGACGAUGAUCACCAACUCAUCGAGUCCUAUUUUGCAGACACCAAAGCAGGUGCAAUGAAGCUUCGUCAAGUGUGGAGAGUCGAUCGACACAAGGAAGAGAAUCGGUUUGCCCAGCACGCCAAACUCACCAACCGCAAAUUGCUUUGGCACGGGACAAAUGUGGCCGUGGUGGCGGCGAUUCUCAAGAGUGGCCUUCGGAUCAUGCCUCACUCUGGCGGCCGCGUCGGCAAGGGCAUUUACUUGGCAGAUCAACACCAAAAGUCUGCUUGGUAUGUGUCAGGAGCACAGGGAACCAUCCUUAUGUUUCUGGUCGAGGCAGCUCUGGGAAAAGAACACGAGAUCUUAACAGAUGAUCCUUCCCUCACGGCAGCGCCGACUGGGUAUGACAGCGUCUUGGCGAAAGGCCGAACACAACCACCCGAAGAGGCAGAGUUGGAAAUCGAUGGCAAGAGCGUGACGGUACCGCAGGGGAUCCCAAAGGCAGUUCCAGCAGCCAAAAGCUCAGCUUUUGACCACAACGAGUUUUUGGUUUACAAGGAAUCGCAGCACCGUAUUCGAUACAUUUUGGCUUUUGACGGAUAGUUUGGUGGCCCUGGGCGAAAGCGGACCAGAUCGAAACUCAGAUUCAUCAUUCAAAACGCGGAUCUAUGGCGGCUUCUUCUGUUUGCAUCUUAGGAUAAGCACUUAGGUUAAACUUUAUGGAAUUUCUAGUCGAACGUUCGUGU